AUGGACUUAAAGACAACGUAUAUACACAAAGAGACGGAACCGAUUUAUGUGGGUGGAACUAGUGCAAGUAUAUCUGCUUCGGAUGGGCAAUACUUGGCCACGCCACUUAACGAGGAUGUCAUAAUCACUGACUUAUUCACAAAUGAGAUUUACCACCGAAUCGAAGGUGAUGACGACGAAGCAAUCACAAGUUUAUGCAUUACCCCUGAUGGAAAAUACCUUGCCAUUUGUUCGCAAUCACAACAACUACGUAUAUUUGAUAUUGGGGCUAAGCAAAUCAUCAAGACCUAUAAACUUUCAUCACCGGUAUACAUUUCCACUGUUGAUUCGACCUCAUCGCUAUUUGCAUUUGGUGGCUCAGAUGGUGUUGUUACCGUAUGGGACAUUGAAGGUGGGUAUGUCACCCACUCAUUGAAAGGACACGGUACUACUAUUUGCUCAAUCACAUUGUAUGGAGAGUUGAACAAUUUGAACAGCUGGAGGUUAGCUAGUGGUGAUACGAUGGGUACUGUCAAAAUUUGGGACUUGUCUAAACGGAAAUGCAUACAUACUUUGAAAGACCACAAUACUGCAGUGAGAGGGGUUGCAUUUGAUGACGAUUACGAGUAUUUCUUCACUGGUGGACGAGACCAUGUUGCUAUUAUAUACAGCACAAAGAAUUUUAAGCUGUUGUUUACCUACCCUAUUAACGAACAGAUUGAAGCAUGUGGGUUUGUCAAAUACGUCAACGAUCGUCAGUUUUUUUAUACGGCUGGUUCAAAUAAUGUCUUGCGGUUGUGGAAUAUAAAGACAGGUGAUUUGAUCGCCCAAUCUCCAACUCCACUAAAAACCAAUGAGGAGUUGUUGAUCAUUGAUGUAUUGAAGGUGUCUGAUCACCAAUUGUAUUUGGUCAUCAGCGAUCAAACUUUGGUGGAAUUGGAUCUUUCGGUUGACGAUGAGCGGAGGGUUGGAGAUAUUGUGAGGGAAUUGCCCGUUGUUAAAAGAAUUGCUGGUAACCAAGGUAUCAUUGCAGAUAUAAGGUAUGUGGGUCCAAAUAAUAACUUUUUGGCAAUGGCUACAAACUCUCCAGCAUUGAGAAUUAUGGAUUUGCAAAAGCCAUUCGAAUUGAAAUUAUGCGAAGGUCAUACUGAUAUAUUGAAUGCCCUUGAUGCAACCUCUGAUGGAAAAUGGAUUGCUACAGCUUCAAAAGAUGGUGAGGCCAAGUUAUGGAUUUGGAAUGAUGGGGAGGAGAGUUUUGAAUUGUAUGCCACUUUCCAAGGUCAUGCAGGAUCUGUCACUGCAAUUUGUUUGAACAAACUGACACUGGAACCUACUUUUCUCAUUACUGGAUCAAGUGACUUGACUAUAAAGAAAUGGUCGAUUCCAAAGACGAGUGGAACCACCGUGAAAACAUCUCUAUACACUAGAAGAGCCCAUGAUAAAGACAUAAAUGCCAUCGACAUCUCUCCCAAUGAUGAAUAUUUUGCCACUGCAUCAUAUGACAAAUUGGGAAAAGUGUGGAACUCUCAAUCUGGGGAAACCAUUGGUGUUUUGAAAGGCCACAAACGUGGAUUAUGGGAUAUAAAUUUUUACAAGUACGAUAAAUUGAUUGUCACUGGAAGUGGUGACAAGACAAUCAAGGUGUGGUCAUUGAAUGAUUUCACCUGUCAGAAAACCCUUGAGGGCCAUACAAAUUCCAUCCAGCGAGUCAAAUUCUUUAAUCCACAACUGCCACAACUCAUAUCAUGUGGUGCUGAUGGAUUAGUGAAAAUAUGGGACUAUAAAGCUGGUGAAGAAGUUCGAACUUUGGAUAAUCACGACAAUAGAAUCUGGGCAAUGUGUUUGCGGGAUGACGAAGGUGAUGAGUUCAUCACUGCUGAUGCUGAUGGUAUAGUGACUACGUGGACUGACAACACAGCUGAGGAAAUCAGACUACGCGAGUUGGAAGCCAAAGAUAAAGUUGAACAAGAGCAGAGUUUAUCUAAUUUUGUGAAGAAUCAAGAUUGGAGUAAUGCCUUUUUGUUGGCAUUGACAUUGAAUCAUUCUAUGAGAUUAUACCAUGUGAUUAAGUCAUGUAUCGAAGCGAAUGAAGAUGAGGAGUCACCUAUAGGAUCAAUCAAUUUGGAAAACACGAUCAGUCAAUUGAAUAAUGAGCAACUUGUCACAUUGUUUAAAAAGAUUAGAGAUUGGAAUAUCAAUUUCAAGUUUUUCGAAAUUAGUCAAUCAUUGAUUUCUGUAAUAUUGCAACAUUUUGCUGUUGAGACAUUGGUUGAAGUACCAGGACUAAUGAAAAUUAUCGAUAGUAUCAUUCCUUACAAUGAACGUCAUUACAAUCGAUUAGAUGAUUUAAUUGAGCAAACAUAUGUUUUGGAUUACACGGUUGAACAAAUGAAUAGUUUGUUGGCUUGA